GCGGGAGGGCUGGUGUCAGGCGCCGUCAGUCCAGCGCGAGCGCUCUUCCCCCCUCUGCUUUCCUCUCACGCACACGCAACGCAAUCCACUCUCCUCCGAGCGAGAGACAGACAGACAGAGAGAGAGAGAGAGAGAGAAGGCGAGACACGCACCGAGAGACCGACCAGCGCUCCUCUCGCUCGCAUUCACUCCAAUGGCGACCAUCGUCACCUUCUUGCUGCUCGCCGGGGUCGCCGCCACCGGACGGGCCGGUUACGUUGAGGCAUUAGCAGCCAAUACUAUAGCAGGGUUUGCAGUGGCAGAGCCACAAGUCGCCAUGUUCUGUGGGAAGCUGAACAUGCACAUCGACAUUCAAACAGGAAAAUGGGAACCCGAUCCUCUAGGAAUCAAAAGCUGCCUGGAAACCAAGGAAGAGGUUCUGCAGUAUUGCCGAGAGGUUUACCCAGACCUUCAAAUCACUAAUGUAGUGGAGGCGAACAAACCAAUCAGCAUCGACAACUGGUGCAAGAAAGGAAAGAAACGGUGUCAGGGUCACACCCAUAUUGUGGUUCCUGUGAAAUGUCUGGUAGGUGAGUUUGUCAGCGAUGUUCUACUGGUUCCAGAAAAAUGCAGAUUCUUCCACAAGGAGCAAAUGAAGGAGUGCAAGAGUCACCAGCACUGGCAAACCGUUGCCAAGCAGGCCUGCAUCGCUGAAUCUAUGAUUCUCCACACCUAUGGAAUGUUACUUCCAUGCGGGAUUGACAGGUUCCGUGGCACUGAAUACGUUUGUUGUCCUCAACAUAAAAUCGAUGAUAUUAACUCAAACGAAGAUGAUUUUAAGGAUGAAGAUGAUUUGGAGGAAACCUUUGCUAAUGCAGGCAAAGAGAAGUCCACUGAGGUAGAGGAAGAAGCUACAGUGGUGGAGGAUGAUGAAGAUGAUCUGGAUUAUGAUUAUGCUGAUGAAGAUGAAGAGUAUGAUGAUGAAGAUGAGGAGGAGGAAACCAGUGAGGAGAGGAGUCUCUACAGUAAAAAUGUGGUUGAUGAUGUGAAAGCUGUCUGCUCGCAGGAGGCCAUGACUGGUCCCUGCCGGGCCAUGAUACCUCGCUGGUAUUUCAACGCCAACAAGAAAAAGUGUGUCCGCUUCAUCUACGGAGGUUGUGGAGGAAACAGGAACAAUUUUGAUUCUGAGGAAUACUGUAUGGCUGUGUGUAAACAAAUGAUUCUCUCAUCGUCUCACCCAACAGAUGAGGUGGAUGUGUAUUUUGAGACGCCCGCAGAUGAGAAUGAGCAUGCUCGAUUUGCUAAGGCCAAGCAACAGUUGGACGUUCGCCACCGUGAUCGCAUGGAUAAGGUGAGAGAAGAGUGGGAAGAAGCAGAAAGACAGGCAAAGAAUCUGCCGAAAGCAGAACAACAGAUGUUAGUUCAGCACUUCAAGGCGAUGGUGGAGUCUCUGGAGCAAGAAGCAGCCAGUGAGAAGCAGCGGUUGGUUGAGACUCAUCUAGCUCGUGUUGAGGCCUUGCUCAAUGAUCGUCGCCGUGUUUCUUUGGAAAACUAUCUCUCCGCGUUGCAGGCGAGCCCACCCCGUUCUCACCGUAUCCUGCAAGCCCUGAAGCGCUACGUGCGUGCAGAACAGAAGGAUCGUCAGCAUACAAUGCGUCAUUACCAGCAUGUGAUGGCUGUGGAUCCUGAGAAAGCAGCACAGAUGAAGUCUCAGGUGAUGACUCACCUGCGUGUUAUCGAAGAGCGGAUGAACCAGAGCCUGUCACUGCUGUACAAGGUGCCAUACAUUGCUGAAGAAAUCCAAGAUGAAAUUGAUGAACUCCUGCAGGAGCAGCGCACCGAGAUGGAUCAGUUCAGCACUCUCAGCUCCGAGAGCCAGAACUCCAUCGAGACUGAUUCUGAGGAGGCACCGUAUUUUGAGGGCAAACCAUUCCGACCUAUUCAAGUGAAGACUUUCCCAGUGAUCACUAGUGAUGAAGGUUCCGCAAUGAUCGAUCCUGAUGGCCUGAUCCCUGAUGGCAUGGCAGUCAGCAGCGAUGAGAAGAAGAUUAACGAGAAUGUGGUGAUUGAUGAGACCCUUGAUGUGAAGGAACUGAUUUUCAAUGCGGAGCGUGUCAGCGGGGUGGAGGAUGACAUGGAUCCCGAGGGCGCUCUGAGAGACGACUUCAGCUUCAGCAGCAGUGCUCUAAUUGGCCUGCUGGUGAUUGCUGUUGCCAUAGCCACAGUAAUUGUCAUCAGCCUGGUUAUGCUACGGAAGAGGCAAUAUGGUACCAUCAGCCAUGGGAUUGUGGAGGUUGAUCCCAUGCUGACCCCAGAAGAGCGCCAUCUGAACAAGAUGCAGAACCACGGGUAUGAGAACCCGACUUACAAGUAUCUGGAACAAAUGCAGAUCUAACUCUAAAGAGCUGAGGCCGGCUGAUGCACGGAAAAUCAAUCAGCCAGCAAACUACUGACCUAUAAUGCUAGAAAGCUCCAUCUUCACACACGUACACACACAGACACACACAUACACACACACAACACAUCUCCAGAACAUAAACACUUACUACUGUAGAUUCUAAGAUUCCCAUUUUUUUAAAUGGGUGUGAAAUGGUAAUAUACAAUAUAUGAUGUAUAAUCUUAGGAUAUUCUAUUAUCUGGUUACAAAUAUUUGAUGAGAACAAUAAUGAUCUAGCAGUUUCCUUUUUAAAGUCUUUUAAAUCUGUUUUAUUUUCUGUGCGUCACAAAAAGAUCUAUCUAUAAAUUGAGAUUGUUGAUUUCUAUCUAAUAGAGAGCUGUAUAUGAAGGGUAUUUGUACUGAUUUAUGUAACAAACUUGCGGCAUUUUCAGCUGUAAAUCUGCAUUUAAAAUGGGUAACACUGUGAUAGGCAGCUGAAACGGAGGUAAUGAUUCCAUUUCUCAUUGUGCGUCUGUCUGUCUGCUCUGCUUGUAUAUUCACAUUGGGAUCCAGGCAUUUACUGAGGUUCUGGUAACCUCUGGCUUCUCUUCCCCCGCCCUCCCCUCACCCUGCACAUUCCUUAUUUGUUCUGUCAGAACUAUGCACAUUGGUUUCAGUCGUAUUGCUGUGGUAGCUGUAAUUUGCAGGAGUCCCAAGGGCAAUCGCAUCAAUAAACACAACUACUACUUCCAUAAA